AACUUUCUCAUCCCUCGUGUGUUCCACAUGUCCCACCACUUUUUCCUCUUAAUCUCCGUUUUCGACAUUACCAAAGCUCCAAUUUUUCCUUCAUAAAACUUCUCAUCUUCCUCUUUCAGAUUCUCUUCCAUAACCAAAAAUAUCACAAUGAAGCUUAAACCUCCUCCAACUUCUUCUUCUUCUUCUCAGACGCUAACAGCAACGGCGGCAUCAUCUCAUGAUGCUAAAUUACUUGUUCGUGAAACCCUCCGUAUUAGUGCUGAUCUUGCUUCUGCUCCUUCUGUGCCGUCGGUUGGUUCAUUACCGAAAAAUGCUAGUUUUGGAGUUGUAGAUCGGCAAUUUGUUGAUUCAAGCUUGAGAUUGCUUUGUUGUGAAGAGAUCGAUGGUCGUAGAUGGAAGUAUUUUGCUGAUGAGAGUGUCGGUUCUGAACAAUUGAAGUUGAAGAAGAAGAAGAAUGCGAUUCGUGCUGUUAGUUUGCACUCUCCACAAGCUCCUGCUGAGGAGUUCAUGGCAUUCAUAAGAUCCUAUGUGGUUCCAGAAGGUUUUCCUGACAGCGUUACACCUUCUUAUGUACCAUACAUGACAUGGAGGGCACUAAAGCACUUCUUUGGUGGUGCAAUGGGAGUUUUCACGACGCAAACACUCUUAAAUUCAGUAGGAGUCUCCAAACAUAGAACUACCCCUGGUGCUGUAGCCAUUAACUGGAUUCUCAAGGAUGGUGCUGGUCGGGUGGGGAAGAUGCUUUAUGCACGGCAGGGAAAGAAAUUUGAUUAUGAUCUAAAACAGCUAAGGUUCGCGGGUGAUCUUCUGAUGGAGUUGGGAGCUGGUGUUGAACUGGUAACUGCUGUCGUGCCGCAGUUUUUUCUUCCUUUAGCCUGUGCUGCGAAUGUCGCAAAGAAUGUAGGUGCUGUCACUUCUACUUCAACUCGUACUCCUAUAUAUAAGGCCUUUGCUAAAGGGGAAAAUAUUGGGGAUGUAACAGCUAAAGGGGAAUGCGUUGGAAAUCUAGCUGAUUUACUCGGGACAGGAUUAAGUAUCUUGAUUUCCAAAAGGAAUCCAUCCUUGGUCAAGACAUUUGCCUUCCUCUCAUUUGGAUAUGUCUUCAGCUCUUACCGAGAGGUGAAAUCUGUUGUGCUGCAUACCCUGAACCGUGCAAGAUUCACAGUAGCAGUAGAAUCUUUCCUAAGGACAGGGAGAGUUCCAACACUGCAGGACGGAAAUUCAAGGGAAGACAUAUUUAAUUUUCCAUGGAGACAGCACAGGCCUAUUGUUCUUGGACCUAGAUUUAAAGAAGCUUUCCAAGAUCCAAACUCAUAUCUUGCUGUCAAGCCCAUCUUUGAGAAGGAGCAGUAUAUAGUGACAUACAAUCCUUCCAAAGAAAACAUAUAUGUGCUGCUCAAAGAUCAAGCCAAGUCUGAUGAUGUACUGAAAGCAGCAUUUCAUGGCCAUGUGCUUCUGCACAUCAUUCGUUCAUCCACCAACAAACAGUCUUCCUCCAGGAAACAACAUGAAGAUGAACUUUCAGCAUCCUUGCUAUCAACUGCUGAUCUUCAAGCUCAUGUUGCAGAAUCUUAUAAAAUGGUCUCUGCUUUAUAUAUGCCUUUCAAGAGCAAAGCUAAAGAACAGGGUUGGGUGAUGUCGGAAUCACUACUUAAUCCUGGCCGAGCUCGGCUUUGUGAAAUGGCCACAUAAGAUACAUAACUGUUGGAGUUGGUUCCAGAGGAGCUAAAAAAGAAUUGUUUGUUGACACAAUUAUUUUGCAUGGCGCCACUGAUGGGCAUUGCAAGACGUUUGUGCAUCUAGUGAAAUUUGCUACGCGGUAGCAAAUGAGGUCAGAGAUUUGAAGUAACUACCAGAUGUUUAUCCUGAUGUUCUGUGAGACGCAAUUUGCUACAUGUUCUUUGUACUUUUUAGUACGAUGGUUUACCUGUACAUCAGCAGCUAGCUAUUAGCAUAAGCAAGAAAGUGCAUUCCGCGAAAGAGAUUUCAGUAUAUUUGUUUAUUCCGCCAUAGUCUUUUCUUCUUUCUUGCAUAUAUAUUUUCAGUUGAAUACAUACAAGGUUGUUUUUUUAUAGGGGGAGGCAGGUUCGCCUGCCGUUGAGAUACGCUUCUACCCCUGUUUUUCUUCUUUCUUUCCUGUUUUUCAUACUUCUUUUAGCUAAUAAUAUAAUGUAAUAUCUC